AUGGAUUUCAUGGAACUCUUUUUCAUUUCUCUUGGUACUGGAGUUGUGGUGUACUAUGGAGUGAGGCUACUGCUUUUCAGUAGGAUGCUUUUUCCAAAACUGUGGUUUCCACUGCCAGAAACUUUCUUCACCUCAAUGGGAGAGUGGGCAGUGGUGACUGGUUCUUCAGAAGGAAUAGGAAGAGCAUAUGCAUUUGCACUAGCUCAGCGGGGAAUGAACAUUGUAGUCAUGAGCAGAACCAAAGCAAAACUGGAUCAAGUGGCUAAAGAAAUAGGAGAAGCCACGGGGCAGAGGGUGAAAGUGAUAACAACAGAUUUUACCAAAGAAAAUAUCGUUAGUGAAAUUGAAGAGCAACUGAAGGACCUCAACAUAGGAGUUUUAGUCAACAAUGUAGGAAUGCUUCCUUGCUUCAUUCCCUGCAGAUUCCUUGAGUAUGAUGAGCUGGACAAGACAAUUACCAAAGUGAUAAACUGCAAUGUGAAGACGAUGGCCAAGAUGUGCAAAAUUAUUCUCCCAGGCAUGGCGAACAGAGGGAAAGGGAUGAUAUUGAAUGUUUCUUCUGGAAUUGCUUCUAUCCCAUUUCCCCUGUACACCCUGUACGCUGCAUCAAAGGUGUUUGUGGAAAGAUUUUCUCAAGCUCUACAAGCUGAAUACAAAGAUAAGGGGAUUAUUAUCCAGUCAGUGGCUCCAUUUGGGGUAUCCACUCGAAUGGCUGGGUUCCAAAAAACUAACAUGGUGACUUUUUCACCAGAAGACUUUGUAAAAUAUUCACUGCAGUACGUCAGCACUGGAGACAAAACAAAUGGAAGCAUCUGUCAUACAGUUCUGAGCUGGUUGCUGCAGACUAUUCCACUUAAGAUUCUCUAUGCAGAACCUAUGAUGCAAGGCUUACAAGACUACGCCAAGCAAAAACUAAUGCAGGCUGGAUUGGUCUAAAUCAAAAUCAACGCCAGAAAUAAACAUGAAGAAGUUUGUAUGAAAUAUUUCUAGCCAUAAAGAAAUGUAUUAUGUAUUU